AUGGCUACACCCUUUCCCAUUCCUCUCACCGCUGCUCAGGUUGGGACUUACUUCGUCGGACAGUACUACCAUGUCCUUCAGAAUCAACCCGAGUUCGUUCAUCAGUUCUACUCGGAUGCUAGUACCAUGCUUCGUAUCGACGGAAACGCUAGAGAAACUGCCGCCGCAAUGCUCCAAAUCCAUGCACUGGUUAUGUCACUCAGCUAUACUGGAAUUGAAAUCAAGACUGCACACUCUUUGGAGUCUUGGAGUGGUGGUGUUAUUGUGAUGGUUUCUGGAUCUGUGCAAAUUAAGGACAACCUGCGGAGGAAAUUUAUGCAGACGUUCUUCCUUGCGCCCCAAGAAAAAGGCUUUUUUGUACUAAAUGACAUUUUUCACUUCGUUGAAGAUGAUCUUAUUCACCACCAUCACCACCAGGCAGUCUUGUUAGCUCAGAGCAAUCUUGAUUCAAAACUGAAUGUUCCAAGUACAAUUAAUAAGCCAGUAUCCAACUAUAUGCUGGGUGGAGAUGUCCAGGCUAGGGAGUUUGUUGCUGCAAAUGAGGUCAAAGAAAAUGGUGUAGCUGACAGUUAUGGAUUUUCAGAGCAACAAAUGCAGCGGGGCCCUGAUUCUGAACAAAUUAGGGAGGAUAAUGCCGGUGAAGAGUCAAAUGGGUCACUUCAUUCUUCAGGGAAUGCUGUGCAAGAUCACCUACCUGCUUCUCCUGAAGAACCUGCCGGGGAGCCACAAAAGCACACUUAUGCCUCCAUUUUACGGGUUGCUAAAGGACAAUCUAGUCCAUCUGCUGCUUCUCAACCCUCUCAUAAAAAUGCUUCCCCUUCAGAAUGGGAUCAUACUCCACCGAGCAGUAAUCAGCAAACAACGGCAUCCGCAAAUGUAUUUGAGAGGUCUGACACAGAUGCAGUGGAAGAGCUUCCUGCAGCAGAAUAUGAAGAUGAAAUUAAAUCCGUUUAUGUGAGAAACUUGUUGCCUACGGUGUCUCCUUCUGAAGUGGAAGAGGAAUUCAAGAAUUUUGGUAGAAUCAGGCCUGAUGGAGUUGUCAUAAGAAGUCGCAAGGAUGUUGGUGUAUGUUAUGCAUUUGUUGAAUUUGAAGAUAUGUCAGGCGUUCAUAAUGCAGUCAAGGCAGGAUCCGUUGAGAUAGCAGGAAGACCAGUAUACAUUGAAGAACGGAGACCGAACAGUAACAUUCCUUCUCGAGGAGGAAGACGAGGUAGAGGCAGGGGUAGCUAUCAUUCAGAGGCACCAAGAGGGCGUUUCAAUUCAAGAAACUAUGGCAGGGGAAAUGGUCAGGAUGGUGGUGAUCGCGAGUACAACAAACCAAGGGGAAAUGGUUUCUACAGACCGAACCCACGCCAAGAGAGAGGAUAUUCAGGUCACCAUGUGCCAAGAAAUGGACAGAAUCUGGCAGAUUCCUCAGUAACUAAUUAA